AUGCUCUGGGCGCUGCUUCUCCUGCCCAGCAUCCUGGGCGCCACCCCGGCCGGCUCCAUCUCUGGCCCUGAGAAGUGCAAGGGCUCGGCGGUGCGGCAUCGGGACCUGCAGGUGGCAACGAGGUGCGGGUCGGUGGGGGGGAGGCACUGCCGCAGCACCGCCUGGAGCCAGCCCACCGCCAAGUGCCUGCCCUGCGCCGUGUGCCUGGACGUGGCGGCCGCUGCCAGCAAUGGACUGAACCCCGAGGCCAUGGAGACGGAUUGGCUGUGGUGAUUGAUGAAGACUCCGAGCCAGGAGUCUUCGGCCAAGUGCAAGGGGACGGUGGAUGCCCACGGCUCGACCAUCCUGAGCAUGCUCGGCGUAGCCCCGGGCAGCGCCCCCGCACAGGUGUGCCAGCCGCUGCGGAGGCUCCCGGCCACCCCGGGACCGCUCUCCGAGGAGGACACAUCCGAGGUGGUAGUCCCAUUCAUGGCCAAUGGGCCCCUCAGCUUCCAACCUCCACGGAUUCCCGUGAGCACAGGGUGCCAGGACUGUGUCUGGCCGGUCACCCAGCUCCAGGAUGCCGUGGGGCCCAAGCUGUCCAACUGGGUGGAGGUGACCACAAGGGAGAGGUGCGAGUCCCUGGGGCCGGGCCUGACUCUCCUUUGCGAGAACUACAUCUGCCAGCUUUUUGCCCCUCCCGAGCAAACACUGAGGCUCAUGCCGCCAAAUGAGACCUGCAGGAAGGAGGGCUUCUGUGAGGAGCUGAAGGAACGGGCCCACUUGGCUCACGUGGCUGCUGUGGACGGGGUCCCUUGGCUGGCGCUGGCGUCGCCGAGGAAGAAGGGUGAGGUCCAGAGGAAGGCUGGCAUGCCCUGUGAAGUGUGUCUGCAGGUGGUCCAGAAGCCGGACCAGAGGCUGGAAUCCAACAGCAGCAAGGUCAUCAGCCACGCCCCGGAGCGUGUGUGCUCGGUGCUACCCGCUCCCGUGGUCCAGAAGUGCGUCAGCUUGGUGGAUGCCUACAGCCCUUCCUUGGUGGAACUCCUGACCAGAGGCACCCCAGAGAAGCUGUGCACAUGCAUGCGGCUGUAUGGCAGAUGGGGGCGGGCCUGGGCAGCCCACCAGGGUCCUACGACACUGCCACCGCCCCGCUGGGAGGAGAACCAGGGCAGCUUCUGCAGUGGAGGCAAGUGGCUGCUCGGCAUGUCCGCCCACAACCUGCGGCAGCAGAGCACCAGGCGCCGCAUCCUGAGGGCCUUCGAGGGCGUCUGCAGCAUCCUGCCGCUGGCCCUCAUGGUACAGCGCGACCACCUCAUAACCGAUUACCAGCCCGUGCUCAUCGAGACCCUCGGGGCGACGAGGGACCCCACGGCCCUGUGCACGAAGAUGGCCUACCACGCUCCCACGGCAGCGCUGCUGGGCACCGACCGGAGCAUCCUGGCACCGAGCUUCUGGUGCAAGAGCCAGGAGGCCGCCGAGACGUGCGGCUCCGCGGAGCACUGCCAGAGCCACGUGUGGAAAGAGACGCCCUCCCAUGCUGGAGAGCACGCGUGA